UGGCCGCGGGGCGGAGCGUGGAAGGUUGCGUGUGGCCUUGGCCGCGUCUCCUCCCUCUUAGAUGAGGGAAGGCGGCGGUAACUGCUGCUUUCUGUCUCCCGUAGAAAAGGACCCGAGACCGAUCUGUGAUCGGAGCCUGGAGGAGGAAGUUACUUUGUAAAAGGCUCCUUUUGGACUUGGAUCUCUCCCCUCCCUCCAAAGCAUACCGGCGGGAACCCGGCCCCUAGCCGCGCGUCCGGGAGAAUUUCCCGCCGUCCCGGGCUCGGGGGUCCGAGAGCUGGGAAAAAACCCUCGAGGACGGUGCGCCCCGCGGCCUCUCCGGGAGAGGCUGUGCCUUGUCCUGGACCGGCACCUGCAGGCGGGCUGCGGAGAAGGGACGUAUCCUCCCGGGAAAGCUCAUGUUUGACCGUCCUGAGAAGGAAGAUCAGCUUGGAGGAGGAUGGAUGCCAAAGCUCGGAACUGUUUGUUACAGCACAAGGAAGCCCUGGAAAGAGACAUCAAGACUUCCUACCUCAUGGAUCACAUGAUUUCUGAUCGAGUUCUUAGCUUAUCAGAGGAGGAGAAAAUAAGAGAUCAGCCUACCCAAAAGAAGAGAGCAGCUAUGCUGAUUAGGGUGUUACUUGAAAAAGAUAAUAAUUCAUACAUAUCUUUCUACAAUGCUCUGCUACAUGAAGGUUACAAAGAUUUGGCUUUCCUUCUUCAAGACGGUAUCCCUCUUAGUUCACAUAAUGGAAAGGAUUCAGCAGAUGGGGUGACUUCAUAUGUGAAGACAGUGUUGUGUGAAGGUGGUGUACCGCAGAGGCCUGUUGUGUUUGUGACCAGGAAGAAGCUGGUGAAGUCGAUCCAGGAAAAGCUUUAUAAGCUUGAUGGUGAACCUGGAUGGGUCGUAGUCUAUGGAAUGGCAGGCUGUGGGAAAUCUGUCUUAGCCGCAGAAGCUGUCCGGGACCACAAUCUCUUACAAACAUGCUUUCCAGGAGGUGUGCAUUGGGUCUCCAUUGGCAAACAAGACAAAUCUGGGCUCCUGAUGAAACUCCAGAAUCUGUGCACAAGACUGGAUCAGGAUGGUGCUUUUUCCCAGAGACUCCCAUUGAACCUUGAAGAAGCCAAAGACCGCCUUCAUUUCUUGAUGCUACGCAAGUGCCCAAGGUCUCUUUUGAUCUUGGACGACAUAUGGGAUUCGUGGGUGCUAAAAGCUUUUGACAAUCACCAUCAGAUCCUUCUCACCAGCAGAGAUAAAAGUGUGACUGACUCAGUGAUGGGUCCCAAAUAUGUAGUCCCUGUGGAGAGUGGCUUAAGAAAAGAGAAAGGAUUGGAAAUCUUGUCGCUCUUUGUUAAUAUGAAAAAAACAGAUCUGCCCGAACAAGCUCAUAGCAUCGUGAGGGAGUGCAAAGGUUCCCCUCUUGUAGUGUCUUUAAUUGGUGCCCUAUUACGUGAUUUCCCCAAUCGGUGGGGAUACUACCUCAGGCAACUUCAGAACAAGCAGUUUAAAAGAAUUAGGAAGUCUUCAUCUUAUGACUAUGAAGCCCUGGAUGAAGCCAUGUCCAUAAGUGUGGAAAGACUGAAUGAAGCCCUUCAGAAGUAUUAUAAGGACCUUUCCAUCCUGCAGAAGGAUGUAAGAGUACCUACUAAGGUAUUAUGUAUUCUUUGGGACAUGGAGACUGAAGAAGUUGAAGACAUCCUACAAGAAUUCAUUAAUAAAUCCCUCCUGUUUUAUGACCGAAAUGGAAAAUCAUUCCGUUAUUAUUUACAUGAUCUUCAGGUCGAUUUCCUCAUGGAGAAGAACCGUGACCAGCUCCAGGAAUUGCACAGAAAGGUUGUGACUCAGUUCCAGAGAUAUUACAAGGUGCACUCUCUUGCUUCUGAACAAGAAGACUCCAUGUACUGGUACAACUUUCUGGUGUAUCACAUGGCGAAUGCCAACAUGCGCCAAGAGCUUUGUGAUCUAUUGUUUUCCCUGGAUUGGAUUAAAGCAAAGACUGAGCUUGUGGGACCUGCUCAUCUGAUACAUGAGUUUAUGCAGUAUGGCCAUCUAUUGGAUAAGAAGGAUUGCACCAUUCGUGAGAAUUUUCAAGAGUUUUUAUCUCUCAAUGGACACCUUCUUGGACGCCAGCCAUUUCCCAAUAUUGUGCAGCUAGGUCUCUGUGAGCCCGAAACUUCUGAAGUAUAUCGGCAAGCCAAAUUACGAGCCAAGCAGGAGGUCGACAAAGGGAGGCUUUACUUGGAAUGGAUAAACAAAAAAAACAUCAAGAAACUCUCCCGUUUAGUUGUCCGCCCCCACACAGAUGCUGUUUACCACGCCUGCUUUUCAGAGGAUGGGCAGAGGAUUGCUUCCUGUGGUGCUGAUAAAACCUUACAGGUUCUGAAAGCAGAAACAGGAGAGAGACUCCUGGAAGUCGAGGCUCAUGAAGAUGAUGUGCUUUGUUGUGCUUUCUCCAAGGAUGAUAGAUUCAUAGCAACCUGUUCAGUGGAUAAGAAAGUAAAGAUUUGGAAUUCAAGGACUGGAGAUCUGGUACACACCUAUGAUGAGCACACAGAGCAGGUCAACUGCUGUCACUUUACCAAUAUGGAGCAUCACCUUCUCUUAGCCACUGGCUCCAAUGACUACUUCCUCAAACUCUGGGAUCUGAAUAAGAAGGAGUGUCGGAAUACCCUGUUUGGUCAUGCAAAUUCUGUGAACCACUGCCGAUUCUCGCCGGACGAUAAAUAUUUGGCCAGCUGCUCAGCGGAUGGAACGUUGAAGCUUUGGGAUGUGAGUUCAGCCAAUGAAUGGAGUAGCAUUGAUGUGAGGCAGCACUUCCUGAAUUCUGAUGGACGUCAGGAAGAUGUGGAUGUGAUGGUGAAAUGUUGCUCCUGGUCCAGCGAUGGGAUGCGAGUGAUGGCAGCUGCUGCCAACAGGCUCUUGGUUUUUGAUGUUCAUAGCAGGAACCUGGUAGGAGAAAUCCAUACUGGUUAUAGCAGCACCAUCCGGUACUGUGAUUUCUUUCCCAAGAGUCACCUUGCCGUGGUAGCCCUGUCCCACUACUGCGUGGAGUUAUGGAAUAUGGAUACGGGUAUAAAAGUUGCAGAUUGUCGAGGACACCUGAGUUGGGUUCACUGUGUAGCAUUUUCUCCUGACGGAUCUUCAUUUUUAACGGCUUCUGAUGAUCAAACAAUCAGGCUCUGGGAGACAAAGAAAGUAUGUAAGAAUUCUGCUGUCAUGUUAAAGCAGGAAGUAGAUGUUGUAUUCCGAGAGGAUGAAGUGAUGAUUCUUGCAAUUGACAACGUCAGACGCCUGCAACUAAUUAAUGGGAAAACAGGUCAUACCGAUUAUCUGACUGAAGCCCAGAAAUCUCGAAUUAGCUGUUGUUGUCUGAGUCCAGGCCUGCGCUAUGUGGCAUUAGGAGAAGAGGAUGGGUCUGUAAAGAUUUUAGAGCUCCCCAAUGGAAGAGAGUUUCGAUCUCGAAUGGGACACGAGAAAGCUGUACGACGUGUCCAGUUCACUUUGGAUGGGAGGACCCUUAUUUCAAGCUCGGAUGAUUCUACAGUUCAGGUGUGGAACUGGCAUUCAGAGGAAUUUGUAUUUCUUAAAGCUCAUCGAGAACCCGUGAAGGACUUUAAGCUCCUGCAGAAUUCUCGGCUCCUGACCUGGUCAUUUGAUGGUACAGUGAAGGUUUGGAAUAUCCUUACUGGCAAAGUAGAGAAGGACUUUGUUUGCCACCAAGGUACUGUUUUGUCUUGUGAUAUUUCUCCCGACGCCACCAAGUUUUCAUCUACCUCUGCUGACAAGACUGCAAAGAUUUGGAGCUUUGAGAGCCAUUCCCCUCUUCACGAGCUGAGGGGUCAUGAAGGCUGUGUGCGGUGCUCCGUCUUCUCUGGGGAUAGUGCCCUCCUGGCCACGGGAGACGACAAUGGAGAAAUCCGGAUUUGGAAUGUGUCCACUGGCCAGCGGCUCCAUUCCUGUGUCCCCGUGACUGUGGAGAAAGGGGAGACGGCCUUCGUGGGCUGGGUGACCGACCUCCGCUUUUCUCCUGAUGGCAGAACACUGGUGUCUGCGGGGGCUUCUCUGAAGUGGUGGAACGUGGACACCGGUGAAUCGUUACAGACCUUCUACACAAAUGGAACCAACCUCAAGACCAUACACGUGUCUCCUAGUUUCAAAACAUAUGUGACUGUUGAUAAUCUUGGAAUUUUAUAUGUACUCCAAGCUUUAGAAUGAUAGUGCUCUGCCCAGUGUAAGUAAGGCAUCUGUGACUGCUUGUGGCUAGGUGGAAUGGGGGGUGGGGAUGUCCCAAUCAGACUCUGUAUGUCAAGGAUACUAAACUGUGAAUCAUUUUGCAGUAUUGAACUCAUUACAAGUGCUUGUUGUCAGAUGAAUAAUGUUUAUGUAGAUUUUUCCCCAAAUGAGCACACCUUUAAUCUUGUUUUCCAUAAUCAUUAUUGUUGUUAACAGUUUGUACUUUCAGAUGCAAAAGGAAAUUUAUGUAGCUUGUUACACUGUUGAUAUAAUUCUAUUUUCAGACAUUUUCAAAUUGGUUGACAUAAUUAAUGAGACUCAGAAAAAAAGUAGAUAUUUGGGAAGCAGGGGAAAUGCCUUUCAGAUUUGGAGGGUCAUUCUAGGAAGGUGCUUUCACAGAUCAACUCUUACCUCCCUCCCUUCCUCUUGUGGGGGAAGGCAUUUAAGAGGAGGCUAUCUUUUAAAUUAUUAUGAUUUGUAUCCCAUAAAUGUGCUUUAUGAGAAGCAGUGUUCUGUAGUGGCGGGAGACCCAACUGGCUUUGGGGUCAGGAAGACAUGAGGUCACUUCCUGCCUCUGCCGUGAAGGGGAAAGUCAUUAACCUAUCAGUGCCUCAAACAGCUGGAAGUGGCAGUAUACUGAAGGGAGUUUUCAUACCAGGGGCCUUUACAGUGAAAUCACAGAUCUGGGCUAUCCCCCCAAAAAACUGCUUUAAAAAUGUCUUUUGUUUGAAAUGUUGAUUUAGAUUGACUCAGUAAAAUGAAUCUUUAGAUUUCAAACUUGCUCCUUUAGAAAGCAGUUAUUAUGGAAGGAUGAGGAAAAACCAAAUCUAUUAAUCCACAUAUUUUCACUUCCUUCCACUCCCACUUCCCUGGAGUAUGGGCCAGCUAUCAGCAGACUCUAGAAAUGUGAUUUGGGACUGAUGUCUUGAGUUCUUGAUCCCGUCAUCUCUACAUCCUGGUCAGAAUCCUUCAUUAUCUGAACUCAAAUUUAUUAGAAUCCAUUUAUUUUGGGUGGGUGAAUACCUUUCUACUGGAAAAUAGCUUUGGGGAGGGGAAACCCAUCUUUAUUAAGGGAAAGUGUCCUGAAUGUGACUGUUCUGCUAAUCUCUUUGGGUCUUAAGUUUCUUUAUCUACAAAAUGAACCAGGUGGUCAUUGGAAGUUCCUUCCAUCUCAGUGAGAUUAUAAAUGCUGUUAUUUUUUUUUUUAAACCAACAAAGAACUCCAUAGGAUUUGGUUCAUGUGUAAAGGAAUGGCUUAAGAGGAUUGUUCCUUAUUGGGGGACCAUGACUAUAUCAGGACUCUUGAAAUCUGCUAAUGGUGCAGCCAAACCAGGAUGGGAAAGAAGCAGGAGGGGAGUAUCUUUAUACAAAAGAGCUCCCUCAUGGAGUCCUCUAGAUGGGGACACUGCCCAAGGUCCCAUAGUGGCUAAUUGAGGGCCCAAACGCUCAGGUUCUUUUCUGCAAGCCCAGAGUUCUUUCAUCAUGAAAGCUGUGAAAUGAGACCAGCAGAGCUGGAGUUUUGCCCCUCACCCGUGGGCAACUCCCUUUACUGUUUGGAGCCUCAGUUUUGUAGUCUAUAAAUUGGAGAUCAAUAGGGCUGUCACUGUCAUAUCUGAGGGAGAAGCCCUUGGUCCUCUUCAAAUUAUUCCAGAAAUAUGGCUAGCCAUGUGAAUUAAAAAUGCCAAGCUUUUUUGCAUUAUUAAAAUGCAGUUUGCCAGUCUUAAGACCAUAUGAGAAACUAGUUCUGUAGUGGGAUCUUUGACACAGUGACCAACGUCACCCAUGGGUGUGGAACUGACAAGCUCUCUGUUGUCAGUGCUAAGCUGAGGGACUUGUGACCAAGGAAAUACAUCAUGACACGUAUUUGUAGCAUGGAUGUGCGGAAUUCAGGACAACUUUAGAGCUCAUUGAAGGAGAGGGAGGCUAAGAACACCCCAAGCUCUCUGGAGUUUUCCAUGAGCUAAGUUCUCUCUCAUGGUGAGAAGAGAAAAGGAGCCUCAGGUAUAUCCCAUUUUAGCCCAAACCAAAAUAUGAAAAUCUGAAAUUAUUGAUGUUGUCUUUCCCUUUAAAACAGGAACUAGUUAGCAUGUAAAUUGUCAUUUCUCUUUUGUCUGGUAAAAAUUGGAUAUGUAGCAGUAUUUCCACAUGGGCUUUUCCAGAAACAGCUCUUUUACACAAAGCUGGGCACAGCCUGUUAGUGGAAUUAUAAAUUUAGAGCCGGAAGAAAGUUGGAAGCCGCUUAGUCCAGCCUUCUCAUUUUAUAGAGCAGGAAACAGAGGCACAGAGACGUAGCUGACUUGCCUAGGGUCUCACAGCCUACUAACUGUCUGAGGCAAGAUUUGAAACUAGGAUUUCCUGACUCUGGACUUGGGAGUCCUCUCCACUAUACUACGUCAUUUCUCAUUGUUGUUAUUGCUUUUAAGAUACAAUACUUUUAAAGCACGUUUGUACAGUUUUGCUUUAAGGGUUAUUUGUUUAUGUGCCUUUUCUCCCAUCAAGAUACCUUUCCUCCUCCAGGGCUUCCAAAAUAGGAUAAUAAAGGAAAGAGCACAGAAUGACAUGAUUAUAUAUAAUGACAGAAGGGCUGGCCCCUUAUGUUGUCCUGAACAGUGAAUCCAGAGGGGCUUUGUUUUGGAGCUCUUCUGGGACCUUGGAAGCAAUCCCUCCUGAUCAUUCUGGUGUUUGUAUCGGGAAUCCCACCUUAUCCUCUAGUUGUUUUCUCUCUGACCACAUGUUGUAAACCUCUUACUGUGUAAGUGUCUAUCAAAUGCUACCAGUUUGUACACAAAUCCUUUUGUUUUCCCUUUGCUAUACAUUUUUUAAACGAAUUUUACAGAUGUUAUUUGUAUGAAUAAACUUUUGGAAUCCUGUUUGAAA